CGCCGUUAAUCGACUUACGUUGAUCAACAAACAAGAGAUGUAGUCGAUGUACUCAGGAGAACCAAGAUGUUCAAAGAAAGUAAGAAAGCUUAUUUUCUCUCAUACUUCAUUUGGCUUUGGUUUUUCACGGAGUUGGAACGGCUAGCGGCAAGCAAACUUGACAAUUCAAGAUCUGCAACAGAUCCUGGGCGAUUCGGGAAUGCUAUGGAUAGUAUAUUGGCCAUAAAUUCAAGGAGAAAGAGUUACCUAAAUGAGACAGAGAGCUACAAAAGAGAUAAAAUUGAACAUAACAUCAUAAGCGCAAAUGAAGCUCAAGAAAUAGCAGAUGAUUUGUUCGAAGGUGAUGUCAUUCUUGACCAAGUCAGUAUUCCGGAAGACAAAGAACUUUAUAACAUACAACAUAAAAAGGACAACGCGCUCAGAGAUGGAGAUGAAAAUGCCGCCAAAAGGCAGGGAACAAGAAAUCUAAAAUGGUUAUGGCAUUUCAGGAAGGUUCCUUACGAAAUAUCGCCGAGUUUGUAUAGGGCCAAAUAUAAGAUUUUGGACGCGAUCAGAACGUUCAAUAGCAAGACUUGUGUGAAGUUUGUGCCAAGAAAAGCGAGAGACAGAAACUAUGUCUUGUUUGAUAAACGUCAAGGAUGCUAUUCAAGAAUUGGCAGAUCGUAUGCACGUCCUGGCCCCCAAAUCAUCUCCAUUGGACAGUAUUGUGAUUAUAAAGAUAUCAUCAUUCAUGAAAUGUUACAUGCUGUCGGAUUUUUUCACGAGCAAAGUCGCCCUGAUAGACAAAAACAUAUCAAGAUUCAUUGGCAAAAUAUCAAAAAAGGAUUUGAGAGCGAGUUCAAGAUGUAUAGUCACGGCCAAAUUGACAAUCUUCACAUCAACUACAAUCAUAACAGCGUGAUGCAUUACGGCGGCAAAGCCUUCAGCAAGUCUCCGAAACUUGAAACAAUGACAGCCAUAGAUACCCCAGGCAAGAUCAAACUUGGUGGCUCGAAGAUGAGCGCUCUGGAUGUUAUAGAACUGGAUGCUUUGUACCGUUGCAAAUCCAACAAGGUUAAUGAAUGGACUCGUUGGAGUUCUUAUGGACCUUGUGAUAAAUACUGCUACAAAAACAGGCAGAGAUUUUGUUAUGGGAAUACUCCGAAAUCUUGUGGUGGACGUCCUAACCGAUACGGCGUGGAAAGCCAGUACGUUAAGUGUACCAGCAGCGAAUGUCCACUCAAAGUUGGGGGCAACUGGGGUGAUUGGGCCCCGUGGAGUGCCUGUUCUCGCACCUGUAACGAAGGUUUAAAAACCCGGACACGAAGAUGCGAUAAUCCAGCGCCGAAAAAUAAUGGAAAGCCAUGCAAAGGAAGGCCGAAACAGACAGUAUUGUGCGUCAAGCCAAGAUGUCAUCUAGAUUACGACGAUACUGAUUUUCGUAAUGGUAGAUUCGGGAUGUGGGAAAAUGAUAUCUACGAUACACCAGGAUUGAACUGGAUCAUUAAGAAAGGAAACACGCCAACAGAAAGGACUGGGCCCCACUCAGAUCACACCACUAAAAAAGAUUAUUAUCUUUACGUGGAGUCAAGUCGUCGCCGACGAAAUGACGUAGCUCGUCUUAUUAGCAAAUCUAUUUCUAAAACCAAACCAGGCAAACGAUGUUUCAGAUUCUUCUAUCAUAUGGUCGGGCGAACAAUGGGAUCGCUCACAUUGCGUUUGAUAAUCAAAGACCAGCCCCAGCGAGUGUUGUUCACUAAGAAAGGUCCUCAAGGCAAUGGAUGGAGAGGAGAGGAGCUGACUUUAGAUUAUUCCAAGCCUUUCAAGCUUGCAUUUGAAGCGAGGCUUGGCAGACAACCGUAUUCAGACAUUGCUAUUGACGAUGUUUUUCUUGAUGAUGGCAGCUGUGAUUGCAAAGACAAGUACAUGGUGUGCAAAUAUUGGCAAAAGGCUGGUUACUGCAAAAGGUCAUUUAACUAUAUGUAUAAGAACUGUAAAAAGUCAUGCAACUUUUGCGGAUGUCAAAAUGAUCCCAAGUGGAAUUACUGCAGAAAUUGGUCUUUCAACGAGUGUCGGAAAAAUCGGGUUUGGAUGGAAGUCCAUUGCCCCGUGACCUGUCGCGUGUGCGAUUGCUACGAUAAAAACAUUUGGUGUUAUGAUUGGAAAGCGAAAGGAGAAUGCACAAGAAAUCCUAAUUUCAUGAAAAGUGACUGCCGCAAAGCAUGUGGAUUUUGCAAGUAACGUAUUCUACUGGAGGUAGUGGUGAAGAUGAGGUGUUGUUUGUGUUUUUCUAACGGAGUUUUGACGGUUUUACCAACCAAAAAGGUAACAUAGGCUGAUGUCGCCGAACUGAAUGAUAGAUAUGAAAAAAGUGUAUGCUUAAAUUCAUUUAAUUAGGUUUGUCAUUAGACCUAAAGAAAACUUCAUAUAGUCGUAUAUUGAAUGACUGUCUUUCAAAUAUGAACAAAAAUAAAUAAUAAUUCAUGUUUUUGCAUUCAAUAGUUGGUGAUAAAGUGCAUUAAAAUCAGAAAUAAAUAUGGCAUAUACCUAAAUCUUAAAUUAAUAUGAU